GUUCCAUUGGUUUCGUCCAAACUUGCUUUAGUUCUUCCAGUCUGAUGGGGUUUAUUCGAGUGCUUGUGAUCAUGGUCUGUUCAUAGAUGGCCUGCCGGACAAGUUUUAAAUGAAUAUUCUAGGCCUUUACAGUCAAAUGCCCAAAUUCACGGCAAUUAUGGAUAUAAUUCGCUUGUUAUGGAUAAUACGGACUGUGUGGGCUGUUGAAGAUGUGUUGAUGGACUCCACGACGGCAACGGCAGAGCUGGGCUGGAUGAUAUAUCCAUCAGUGGGGUGGGAAGAGGUGAGUGGCUACGACGAGAACAUGAGCACCAUUCGCACCUACCAGGUGUGCAAUGUCUUCAAUGGCAACCAGAACAACUGGGUGCGCACCAAAUACAUCCAGAGGCGAGGAGCCCAACGGAUCCAUGUGGAGAUGAAAUUCUCCGUACGAGACUGCAGCAGCAUCCCGAACGUCACCGGCUCUUGCAAGGAGACUUUUAAUCUGUACUACUUCGAGGCUGACAAGGACGAAGCCACCAAGGUGUAUCCCCCCUGGAUGGAGAACCCUUGGAUCAAGGUGGACACCAUUGCGGCCGAUGAGAGUUUCUCCCAGGUGGACCUGGGGGGCCGUGUGAUGAAGAUCAACACGGAAAUACGCAGCUUCGGGCCGGUGUCCCGCAGAGGCUUCUAUUUGGCCUUUCAGGAUUAUGGAGCAUGCAUGUCGCUCAUCGCCGUGAAGGUUUUCUUUCGCAAAUGCCCCAGAGUUAUUCGGAAUGGCGCCAUCUUUGAGGAGACCUUGUCAGGUGCGGAGAGCACCUCUCUGGUGUCCGCCCGGGGCAGUUGUGUACCUAAUGGAGAGGAAGUGGAUGUUCCCAUUAAACUGUACUGCAAUGGAGAUGGGGAGUGGCUGGUACCUAUCGGGCGCUGCGUGUGCAAGGCCGGGUAUGAGUCUGUGGAUAACGAGACCAUGUGUAGAGCAUGUCCAUCUGGGUCCUUCAAAGCAUCUCAAGGGGACCAGCAAUGUCUCCAGUGUCCCAUCAACAGCCGCACCACCAAUGAGGGUGCAACCAACUGUGUGUGCCGCAGUGGAUACUACCAUGCAGACUCUGACCCUCUACAGAUGCCCUGUACCACGGUUCCGUCAGCACCCCAGAGAGUGAUUUCUAGCGUGAACGAGACUUCCCUGCGGCUGGAGUGGGAUCCACCGAAAGACAGCGGAGGCCGGGAGGACGUGGUCUACAACAUCAUCUGCAAGAGCUGUGGUUCAGGUCGAGGGGCCUGCACUCGCUGCGGUGACAAUGUGCAGUUCGUGCCCCGCCAACUGGGCCUGACCGAUCCCCGGGUCCAUAUCAGUGACCUGCUGGCCCACACGCAGUACACGUUUGAGAUUCAGGCUGUGAAUGGAGUGUCUGACCAGAGUCCCUUCUCACCUCAGUUCACCGCUGUCAACAUCACCACAAACCAGGCCGCUCCAUCUGCUGUGUCAAUCAUGCAUCAGGUCAGUCGAACCGUGGACAGUAUCACACUGUCCUGGUCCCAGCCAGACCAGCCCAAUGGAGUCAUUUUGGACUAUGAGCUGCAGUAUUAUGAGAAGAAUAUGGCAGAGUCAAACUCCUCUCUACUGCGGAGUCAGACUAAUACAGCGGUUAUCUGGGGCCUGAAGCCGGGGACCAUCUACGUCUUCCAGGUGCGGGCCAGAACAGUGGCGGGCUUUGGACGUUUAAGUGGGAAGAUGUACUUCCAAACAAUGACUGAAGAGGAGUACAGCUCCAGCCUGCAGGAGAAGCUGCCCCUCAUUAUCGGCUCUGCUGUUGCUGGUGUUGUUUUUCUCAUCGCUGUGGUUGUGCUCAUUAUCGUCUGUAAUCGGAGAGGCAGUGACAGGACAGAAUCUGAAUACACUGACAAGCUUCAGCAUUACACAAGCGGCCACAUGUCUCCAGGAAUGAAGAUCUACAUUGAUCCUUUCACAUAUGAGGAUCCCAAUGAGGCAGUGCGCGAGUUUGCCAAAGAAAUAGAAGUGACCUGUGUGAAAAUCGAGCAAGUCAUUGGUGCAGGUGAGUUUGGAGAGGUAUGCAGCGGUAAUCUCAGGCUUCCUGGGAAGAGGGAGAUUCUGGUGGCCAUUAAGACUCUGAAAUCAGGCUACACUGAGAAGCAGCGGCGGGACUUCCUGAGCGAAGCCAGCAUCAUGGGGCAGUUUGACCAUCCCAACAUCAUCCACCUGGAAGGAGUGGUGACCAAGAGCACUCCAGUAAUGAUCAUCACUGAAUUCAUGGAGAACGGAUCACUGGACUCCUUCCUUCGGCAAAACGAUGGCCAGUUCACUGUCAUUCAGUUGGUUGGCAUGCUGCGUGGCAUUGCAGCUGGCAUGAAAUACCUCUGUGACAUGAACUACGUACAUCGUGAUCUGGCUGCCCGCAACAUCCUGGUUAACAGCAAUCUAGUCUGCAAAGUAUCCGAUUUUGGGCUUUCUCGCUUUCUGGAAGAUGACACAUCAGAUCCUACAUACACAAGCGCCCUGGGAGGGAAAAUCCCAAUACGAUGGACUGCUCCCGAGGCUAUUCAAUACAGGAAGUUCACGUCUUCCAGUGAUGUGUGGAGCUAUGGGAUCGUAAUGUGGGAGGUCAUGUCCUAUGGAGAGCGACCAUACUGGGACAUGAGCAAUCAAGAUGUAAUAAAUGCAAUCGAGCAGGAUUAUAGGUUACCUCCUCCUAUGGACUGUCCAAAUGCACUGCACCAACUAAUGUUGGACUGCUGGCAGAAGGACCGAAACAACCGUCCGAAGUUCAAUCAGAUUGUUAACACUCUGGAUAAGAUGAUCCGUAAUCCUGGCAGCCUGAAGGCCACCAGUCCUCUCUCUUCAGGGUAAGAGAUUUUAUUCUGGGUCAGCACAGACUAG